AUGCUCGACACUUUACCCUCACCAACCCGCUCCCUCUCCUCCCUCGCGUCCCAAGAACGCUCCUUCACCUUCUCCCACUUCACCUGCGAACACGCCUGGGUAAUCGGCAACAUCCUGCGCAACGCGCUGCGCACCGCCGACGCCCCCGCCAUCAUCCACAUCUCCCUCUCCUCCUCGCAGACUUUAUUCCACGCCCCCAGCAUGCCGGGCAUGAUGCCGGAUAACGAGACGUGGGUGGCGAGGAAGCGCGCGACGGUGCUGAGGUGGGGACACAGCACGUGGUACCUGGGUUGCAGGUUUGAGGGGGAUGAGAGGGGGUUUGCGGAGUAUUAUGGGGUGAGUGGGGAGGAGAGGGGGAAGUAUACGGUUGAGGGGGGCGGGUAUCCGGUUUUCGUUAAGGGGGUUGAGGGCGUGGUGGGCGCGAUUGUGGUCGCGGGUUUGGAGGGCGAACAGGCGCAUGGGUGUAUUGUUAAGGCGGUGGAGGAGUAUAGGGAGUUGAGGGAUGGGUUUAGGAGUCCUAUGAGGAGCGUGACGGGGAAAUGA